AUGGAAGCUGCUCUGUCACAUGGGACACAAGGCUUUCCAGUCAGAAUAGUAUUGCUGUUGAUGUUAUGGCUGAUCGCUCUUCCUCCUCUUAUUACAGCUGGAAAUGCAUGCCUGCUCGAAGAAAGAAAUUAUCUUCUCGAUUUCAAGGAAGCUGUUGUAGAUAAGUAUAAAAGUUUAGAUUCUUGGCAAGGAUUAAAUUGUUGCAUGUGGAAUGGCGUUGGUUGUGAUUUCCACACAGGCCAUGUCACUCGAUUGGAAUUGCAGGCAUAUGAUUUGGGGGGCAAGAUCCAUUCAUCCUUAUUUCAACUUGCAUAUUUAGAAUUUUUAGAUCUUAGCUCUAAUGAUUUUUCAGAUAUUCCAAUUCCCUCAGAUUUAGGCAAGCUGAAAAGGCUCACUUUUCUUGACAUGUAUGGAUCUGGGUUUUCAGGACCAAUUCCCAAAUCCCUUAUUAACCUCACCUCUCUUCUCCAUCUCGAUCUUUCUUACAACUUUUUAUCAGCAAAAAUACCCGUUUGGUUUGAGAAUCUCACUUCCCACUUGAAUUCCCUUUAUCUGUCUGCAAGUGAUUUGUAUGAUUCAGUGCCUCCAAAUCUCUUGCGCACUGCAGAAAGAUUGCAAGAAAUUGACAUUUUUGGCAAUUCUGAUCUUGUGGGAGAUAUUUCUUUCAUUGGAGAACAAAGGUCUUCAUCACUGACUAGUAUAAAUCUUUCAGGUAACAAGUUUACAGGGGCGAUCCCACCUUCUGUAGGUAACCAUUCUGCCCUGGUCUAUCUUGUCCUCCAUGGCAACCAAUUGAACGGUACAAUUCCACCCACAAUCUCAAAACUUGUUAACUUAAAACAACUUAUGCUCUCUUCCAACAGUUUAAGUGGCGUAUUUCCUCUGUCUCUGUUGAAUAAUCUCACUAGGCUUGAAGCUCUUUAUCUUUCUGACAAUCACUUAACUGUCAGAAUUGAUUCAACAUGGAUUCCACAGUUUGACAACCUUGGGUAUUUGGCAUUGGGUUCUUGUAAUUUAGCUGAAUUUCCCCCAUUUCUUGUGAAUCAGUACUCAUUGGUAACGCUGGACUUGUCUGCUAACAGUAUAGCCGGAGGCCUUCCAGAUUCAUUAUGCGGCACAAGAAUGGCAGUUCUUGACCUGUCAAAGAACAUGCUGAACAACACUAUUCCUACCAAUUUCACCAGGGAUUGUUCUGUUCUAGAAGUUUUCAGUCUGGCAGGAAAUCAUUUAGAAGGUGAUCUGCCCAAAGAAUGGGGAAGCCUUUUUAAACUUCGUAGUUUGAACUUAAGUGAUAAUCAUCUGGGAGGAGCUAUUCCAUCAUCAAUUGCAGAAUGUCAAUCUCUACAAGUAUUUGAUUUGGGUAAAAAUAAUUUUGAAGGCAUCAUCCCUGAGUGGAUUGGAAAUCUAUCCCAACUGCAGAUUUUGAUGCUGAAGUCCAAUAAAUUUCAAGGUGAAAUUCCGACCCAGAUAAUUGGUCUCCCAAAUCUGCAAAUUCUAGACCUUUCACUCAACAUGCUUUCAGGGUCAAUUCCAAGCAAGCUUACAAAAAUGCUGGCAAUGGUGAAUGCAUCACAGACUAGUCCAGAGCUUGUUGGUCAGGAGUACACGGUGAAACUAGCAGGCUAUGACAUAUUAAGUAACAUUGGCUUUAGAAAUCAGAUUACAGCUUCCAUGAAAGGUCAGAAUCUUGUGUAUGAGAUUAUCAAAACAAAUUUUAAAUGGAUUGAUUUAUCAAAUAACAAUUUAUCAGGUGGCAUUCCUGAAGAAAUGGGAUCCCUUCAAGGUGUAAUAGCAGUCAAUCUGUCAAGAAAUAAUUUGAGUGGCUGGAUCCCCAAGACAUUAGGAGGCAUGGAACAGCUGGAAUCUUUGGAUCUGUCAGUAAACAAAUUGAGUGGAAAGAUUCCAUUGGAACUUCAAUCUCUCAACUAUUUGGAAUUCCUGAAUCUGUCAUUCAAUAUGCUUGAGGGAAAAGUACCCCUUGGAGGACAAUUUCUAACAUUUGGGGAGUCAUCUUACCUAAGUAAUUCCAAUAUUAGUGGGAUUCCAUUCACCAAUACUACAACAACAUGCAAGAGUUUCCCAUGUGAUGGAGAAGGAGAUGACAGGGAGAAUAGUGAUGAAGAAGAUGAUUCAGAUGGUGAGUAUGAAUGGUGGGUGGUAGGAGCAGGGUUGAGUUAUGGGCUGGGAUUCUCUAUAGUGAUUGGAGUGCUUACCCUGAGCUACAAGUUGAGAAAUAUUGCCUUCAGCUUGUACGACGGCCUGAUUUUGAAUAUAUUUGGAAGAGGAUAG